UACUUUUCACGAGCACGCAUCGAUAAAGGUUCGUUCGACUUGUCUGAUUCCAGAUACUGGCGCGCCCUACGUAUUAUACAAGGACAACAUGGAGAGACCCCAGGGGCAAUGGGGCCCCGGGCCGGGAUCUCUCCAGGACGGGGGGCUGUACCCGCAGCAACAGCAACAACAGCAACAGCAGGGCUCCUCCUCGUCCGGCAGCCCACAGCAGGCCUGUGGUCCCCCUGUCGAGGGAGAAAGCGGUCCCCCGCCUUCGUUGGCCUCUCCCGUGCCCUCACCGUACCCCUCGGCACCGCCUGAGCCUCAAGCCUUAACCCCACCCGACGACGAUAUACAAUCGAAUCAAGCCACCUCUCAACAACAGCAGCAGCAACAACAGCAACAACAGCAACAGACGCAGCAACAACAGCAGCAGCAGCAGCAGCAGCAGCAGCAAGUUCAACAGCAACAGCAGCAGCAACAACAGCAACAGACGCAACAGCAGGACCACUCGCCCCAACAACAAUUGACCCCUCACGAGGUGGAUCGCACGGAUUGUUUCCCCGGGGCGGGAGAGCUGCAGCAGUAUCCACAGCACUACUUCAAGGAUGCGAGGCCGCAUCCGUCGCCGUCGGUGCCACCGCACAUGCUGACCCCGGGUGGUUUUUCCGCGUUGCACUAUCUGAAGCAGCCGGGCGUGAUGCUGACGUCCCUCGGGCAGGGGGACGGUGGACCGAGCCUGGACGCGCACCAAUACGCGAGCCCCGGGGCGCCGAACAUGGCGACCGGGCUGCCGGACAUUGUCCAGCAGAGCGGCAAGUCUGGGAAAGGGGCGAACAGCGAUCUACGUUUGUUCAAGUGUUUGACGUGCGGGAAAGAUUUUAAGCAGAAGUCGACGUUGUUGCAACACGAGCGGAUCCAUACGGACAGUCGGCCAUACGGGUGUCCAGAGUGCGGGAAGCGGUUCAGGCAACAAUCGCAUCUAACGCAGCACCUGCGCAUACACGCGAACGAGAAGCCGUAUGCUUGCGUGUACUGCGAGCGUACGUUCCGGCAGCGUGCCAUCCUCAACCAGCAUCUGCGCAUCCACUCGGGUGAGAAGCCAUACCAAUGUCCGGAGUGCGGAAAACACUUCCGUCAGAAGGCGAUCCUGAAUCAGCACGUCCGCACACACCAAGACGUGAGUCCGCAUCUAAUCUUCAAGAAUGGGAUGACGCCGACACUCUGGCCCCAGGACGUUCCGUUCCCGCAGGAGGAGGGGAAGGAGGAGGUGGGAUCGACGUUCGGCGACACGGACACGCAGUCGGGCGCGUUCAGCCCGGCGCCGGACGCGAACUCGAUCCAGUAUCCCGCCUACUUCAAGGACCCGAAGGGCGGGAAUCACGCGGUUUUCGGCGCGGGCGGGACGGGCAGCUUCGGCGCCCUCCAAUACAUCAAGCAGCAAGGCGGUAGCAAGAGCUGUUUGCCGGACGUGAUACAGCACGGCCGCUCCGCGGGGAUGCCGCUCUACGUUCGAUGCCCGAUCUGUCAGAAGGAGUUCAAGCAAAAGUCCACGUUGUUGCAACACGGGUGCAUACACAUCGAGUCGAGACCGUAUCCGUGCCCCGAGUGCGGCAAGAGGUUCAGGCAACAGUCCCACUUGACCCAACACCUUCGCAUCCACACCAACGAAAAGCCGUACGGGUGCGUGUACUGCGGCCGCAACUUCCGCCAGCGCACCAUCUUGAAUCAACAUUUGCGCAUCCACACCGGCGAGAAACCGUACAAGUGUCAACAGUGCGGCAAGGAUUUCCGCCAGAAGGCGAUACUGGACCAGCACACGCGCACCCACCAGGGCGAUCGGCCGUUCUGCUGCCCGAUGCCCAACUGCAGGCGGCGUUUCGCCACCGAGCCCGAGGUGAAGAAGCACAUCGACAACCACAUGAACCCGCACGCGGCCAAGGUGCGCAGGAACUCGAGCAGCGACUCGAAACCGCCUGGCACGCCGGCCGGCCUGGGCCCCGUCCCCGUCCCCAGGGGGUUGACGCCGACCGUGGUCAAGCCGGAGCUCUACUUCCCCCAAUGUUACGCGCCCGCGUUUAAUCACCAACCCCCGGUGUCGACGGCGCAGUUCCCGGCCCAGGCGAACGGGGUGUCCGUUGCCGGCGAGUUCAAACCACCGACCGGCCUGCCGCCGCAGUGACUAACCGUCCAUCCUGCCGCCUACUAGCAAGCAGGAAUACCGCUGAGAUUUCAGCGAUGCUUCGGUCACGCGUUACAGAGCGACGCCGCCGCCGCCGCCGCCGCGGCAGCCGCAGCAGCAGCAGCAACCGCCGCAACGACGUCGUCCAGUGCCGCGACGCACCGAUGCACCCAGCCGAUCCAGCAACACUACAACAACCCGUGACAUUUAUCGUGCAUUUACUACCCUCUUUCUUUUCGUUUCAAGGUUCGCUUCGUUUCCCCGUUCCAUUGGUUCGCACAGCCUCGGAACGCGUCGCCAGCUAGUCAUCAGCUCGACGAUGAUCGACACACCGACUUAUAUAUAUAUAUAUAUAUAUAUACGUACAUACAUACUACGUUUCGACCGCGGUGUCCUCCUCUAUAUAUAUAUAUAUAUAUAUAGAGUUCGAUUCGUCGUUGAACGGGUAUUGUGCGCGCGUGUAUGACACGUUGACGCACGUUCAUCGUUGAACGCGUUCAACUCUUAUUAUACCGAUAGAUCGUCGUCCGACCAGUGUGUCUACUUGUGCGGCACCUCUCGAUCGUGACCCAACGCAUUCGCACAAGCUCGCCCAGAGAGAAACACCUCCUCCGCAAUAUCGCGAUACUUGUUGAUACUUAUUUUCGAUCGUCAUCCAUCGUUCGGCCGACGAAUGCGCCAUACAACGUUCGUUCGUGUAUCUGUCGUUGAUUCUGCUCUCCUCUGCUCGAUCGUGUUUCAGAGUGAGCGAGCGAGUGAGCGAGGGAGUGAGUGAGCGAGUGAGAGAAAGAGGGAAGCAAGAAAUAUGGAAAUACAAGGGAGCGUGGUAACUGACACGCGCCAAGUCACGAACGGAGCGAGCUACGCGAUUGCAAAUGGGUUUCGGGAGGGACAGAGGUCGGAGCAGAAAGACGAGGGAGUCGUUGUGUCGUUCACCGUCGAGCUGAUCGCUGGCGCCAGAAAAAUGGUGACUCAACCAACGAAGAAUCUCGUCUAUUCCCCCAUACGUAUUUUUUAUAUAUUAAUGAAUUAACGACGUACCUUCUCGCGUUUUUUUCGUGGAUGAAGCGAAUAGCUCGAGAGAGUUCGGUGGUUCCGCGCGCGCAAGGCAGGCAGGCCGUCCGAGGUGUCGUUCGUCACACACCGCUGCUCACACAGAGAAACACGUGUAUACGAGUAUACACACGAGAGAUAUACGUACAAGAGUGCGCACACACGAUACACAGUCACACCAACACAUGCACACGUCGUACGUCGUAGCGACAAACUCGUAUAUAUAUUCGGGACGUGUUUCGUCAAAACGCUCGUACACACGGGUUCGAAGAUGUUCGAUUCGACGACCAGAUUAGAAGCAAAACGUAACAAAACAAAAAAAAAAAAAAAAAAAAAAAACAAAAAUUGAUAACGAUUGUGAUACGAUAUCUAACUUGCCUAUGUUUAAUUGAAACAAAAGAAGGAGAAAGGAGAAGAAACAAAAAGAAAGAGAAAGAAAAAGGGGGAAAAGAAGAAAGAGAAAAAGAGAAAGAGAUAUAUCGUGAUGGGAGGAAGAUACGUACGCCUCGAGAGGGAGGUGAAUACACGACCACGAGAAGAAUGCCUGUAAAUAUGUAAAGCCGUUCACUCCGACGAACAAACAAAACCGAGUGGAGGAGAAAAAAAAAAAAA